AUGGCCAGCCCACCAGUCUUAUUCUCUGCCGUGGGGUUGAGCCCCAAGGACCGCCAGGCUAUUAUUGUUGAAGCACCCACUGUUAGAAACAAAGUUACGCAUUUACUCAAAGAUGGCUUAACUGGUUUCAUGCAGUCCCUAAUUCUCAACCACCAUCACACUAAAGAACCAUUUUACGUGCUUGAUUUGGGUGUCGUCGACAACCUUAUGGACAACUGGACCCGGUUUCUUCCCAUGAUUCGACCUUUCUACGCCGUCAAAUGCAAUUCCGACCCGGCCUUACUCGCUGCCAUGGCCACACUUGACAUGGGUUUCGACUGCGCCAGCCAGGCCGAAAUCGAAUCCAUUUUGGCCCUUGGAGUUUCACCCGGUCUGAUCAUAUUCGCCAACCCUUGUAAACUCGAUUCUCAUAUUAGAUACGCAGCCAGUGUGCGCGUUAACCUAACGACAUUUGAUUCCGGAACAGAAGUCGAAAAGAUCCGAGAAUUUCACCCCAAAUGUUCUCUUCUUAUCCGGAUCAAACCUCCGGAUGACGGCGGAUCAAUGUGGCCGUUGGAUUCCAAGUUCGGCGCGCUACCGGAGGAAGUUGAACCGCUACUUCAAGCGGCUAAGGCGGCUCAGCUCCCCGUGAUCGGCGUGUCAUUCCAUAUCGGAAGCCGAGCCGCCUGCUCGCGUGCCUACGCUGUCGCCAUUGAGGCCGCCAAGAAAGUGUUCGAGGCUGCAGCUCAGCUCGGGAUGCCGCCGAUGAGAGUAUUGGACAUCGGCGGCGGCUUCACGGCUGGAAUACAAUUUGAAGAAGCGGCUUCAACCAUA